AUGGCACCAAAGGAAGCAACCAAGGGCAAGGGCAAGCCGUCGAAGCCAUCGACCAAGGCCAACGCAGCCGCGAAAGCGACCCUGCGCGGUGUCAACUCGCACAAGGUCAACAAGGUCCGCAAGAGCACGUCUUUCCACCUCCCAAAGACCCUCACGCUCUCGCGUGCGCCCAAGUACCCCCGCAAGUCGGUCCCAUCGCAGCCCCGCCUCGAUGCCGGCAAGAUCAUCAUCCACCCGCUCAACACCGAGAGCGCCAUGAAGAAGAUUGAGGAGAACAACACCCUCGUCUUCAUUGUGGAUGUCAAGUCCAACAAGAGGCAGAUCAAGGAGGCUUUGAAGAAGCUGUACGAUGUGGACACCAUCAAGAUCAACACCCUCAUCCGUCCGGAUGGCUCCAAGAAGGCCUUUGCCCGCCUGACCCCAGAUGUCGAUGCUCUUGACAUUGCGGCCACCAAGCUUGCCAUUGUUUAA